AUGAGUCAGCCAAUUCAGUUCUGGUCGCACAAGAUCGGCCCAAAUCCGUGGAAGAAUGUGAUUGUCUUCGAGGAGCUCGGAAUACCAUACGCAACAGAAUAUCUAGAUUUUGGCAAUGAUACGGGAGGGGUGGAGCAUCCCAGCUUCCUAAAGAAAAAUGCUGCAGGCCGUGUCCCACUAAUCCACGAUCCUGCAACAGGCAUGAUCUUAACGGAAUCUAACGUCAUCAACCAUUACCUAUUGGAUCAAUAUGACAAGAACAAUAUACUUUCUCCAGCUACAGAACAAGAUAAAUACCUGGUGGACAAAUACCUCGGCUUUCAAAGCAGCACACAGGCACCGUUUUAUGCGCAGUCUCUUCAGAUGAGAAACAAGAAAAAUUUCGAUGGGGUAGCUCACUUUCAACAUCUUGUUAAAAGAACGCUGCGAACUGUUGAUGAUGAGCUGCGGGGAAAAGAGUUCCUUGUAGGCGAUAAAUGCACUCUCGCGGAUUUGGCUUUCAUCCCGUGGGAUCUCAUGUUAGAUGUUGUACUUCAAGGAGACGCCGAAGCCGCAUCCGCGCCAACGACAGGAAGCAAUUGUUUCCCAACUGGUACAAUUGGCACAUGAAGAUGAUUCAGAGAGAAGCUGUGCAAAAAAUGAUGAAGCUAAAGGAAGAAGUAAAUUCGAACUAACACGAGUAAAGUUAAGCUGGCCAGCUUAACUCGACAUCUUGACCAUGAUAUUAGUUAUCAUAGAAGUUGUUUUCUUAGUGUUCGG